AUGCAUCAGUACAUUCCUCCCCCGCCGCCCCAGCCCUCGAGCACGCCUGCUGGCCAUAUUGCGCUGCCUCCCCCGCCGCCACGACCAACGGGCUACAACAACCUAGGCGGCAUCCCCAUUCCUCCUCCCCCGCACUCGACAAGCUGGGGACCGCCACGGCCCCAGUACCAGCAGCCGGGCUACGAUCCAGGCCAGUACCACAUCUACCCCCACACCCACAACAUACCUCCUCCGCCAGGCCCCCCCCCGCCUCAGCAGAUUCCCGUCGAGCGCGAGCCUCCUCUGACAUCGGCCACCUACAUCCCUGGUGGCGAGUCGUUUGGACCUGGCGUUGGCAUCCCCCCGCUGCACACCUCCAGGGGCUACUCGGAGCCCUACUACAGAGACAACUCCCACUCAGCCACCACCGACGCCCCGCCCCAGCCCUUUUCCAACAGCCUCCUCGACAGCGUCCAGAGCAUCCAGUAUGGCUCCAAUGGCUACAACAUGCCCCCGACGCCCAAUGUCCGCAAUAACCUCAACAUACCCACCGACAGAACAAACACCUACGACUCGCUCGGUCCUCCAACAGCGACCCUGCAGAACCCCAUGGUCCAGAGCCAUGGCAGCGUCUACUAUCGCCCAGAAAGCAACGGCACAACGCCAAUAUCCCCCCACGAUGCCUCCAUGCAAUGGCCCGCCGAGCGCGUUCAGCAGUGGCUGGCAAGCAACAACUUUUCCCGCGACUGGCAAGAGACGUUUAGAACCCUGGGAUUGGAAGGGUCUAAAUUUCUCGACAUUGGCCGUGGUCAUGGAAGCAAGGGAAAUGUGGCCAUGAUGCACCAAGUCAUCUUUCCCCAGCUAGCCAAGCAGUGCAUUGCAAGUGGGACUGGGUGGGAUCAGAACAGGGAGCGUGAUGAAGGUCGCAAGCUCCGCAGACUCGUUCGUGGCAUUGUCGAGUCAGGCGCUUCAAAUUCAUAUCGGCUUCCACCCCAACGCUCCGACACGGGCAUGACGAGCGCAGGCACAGAAGGCACCCUGGAGAAUUCGCCCUAUCUUGGAUCUCGUGGUAUGGACUUUGGUUCAACGCCAACAACUGCAGGCAAUGGCGAAGAGAGCCCCGGGCGCCAGCUACUCGUGCAUUCGCCUGGCGCGAGUAUAAAUCCGUCCAGGCGCAUUUCCACACAGCAGCGCAACUUCACCGUCCCCGGCCUCGGCCCCACGCCAGACUUUUCAGAAGGACCUGCGCGCAGUCCCUACUCGCGGGAGGUUCUCCAAGGUCUCGACGUCAAACAGGUACGACACAGCCCAAAUACGUCUUCUGAAUUCGGACCAUCGUCACUGGGCGCUGGAAACCACCGUCAGUCAAGCCCGCAGCACAGUCCAGGUCUCCCAUCUGCUCGCCUUGCUACAAACGGCGGACAGCUGAGCGCGGGCCUGACCACCCAAGGCUCCCGUUAUUACUCGCCCCACAACCGUGUCAACAGUGCUGAGUCGAUCAAUUCUACUUUUGCCAACACUGGUUCAGGGCCACCUUCUGGCAGAUCCUUUGAGGGCCGUUCUGAAAGCCGUAGUGAGAAUCGGAAGAAUGGGUGGGAAGGCACACGACCCAAUGCGGGCCUCAUGGAUAUUCCGACCAGCGCCAAGGACCACGAAAAAGGCUUUUUCAAGAAAAUUAUGGGUGGAAGAAAGAAGGACAGCCACCCGUCUGACGAUACUAGUCUAGAUUCCCCGACCAGUCCAGCCAGCCAUCGCACUCACCCUAGCGGGUCUCUUUUUGGAAAGUCGACUAUGAACUCGAGUGAGACAUCUCUGAACGAGCGCCCUCCAUCAAGGCGCUCUGCACAGACAGAUUCCGACAACCGUGCUGCUGGUCGUGGCCGCACUCACGGGAAGGAAGACCGGAAGUUUGCUUUUGUCACACCAGACGGCUGGAAUUACCGCCUUCUCGACAUCACCAACGUCGAUUCAGCGACUUCAUUACGGACACUAUGUUGUGAGGAGCUGAUCCAAGGAUUAAGCAAGGUACCCGGAGUUGAACUGCACUUGACUGUUCCUGGCCAGUAUGAACACGAUCGCCCGCUUUCCGACUCCAAGUUGCUCAAGGCUCGGUCGCAAUAUGGAAACCGGUUUGGUGAGCUGAAGAUCUUUGUCAAAAUACCUCCAGAAGGAGCAGUUGGGUCGUCAACCGGGCUUGGUGUCUCGCUCCCUCACGCAGCUGCCCGGGCGGUUGAUGACAAUGCAUACUCGCGUUUCAAUGCCGACUCCCAGCUGGAUUCGCCAGGCGCCAAAUCAGAAGAGUCUACGCUGGUUGCAGACAAGAGCGCAGCUCUACGCAAAAUGGUCGAUAAGAACGAGCUUUUACCCAGUGAUGCAGCCGAAAGGUCGCACGGCGGCGGCGGCGGCGGCAGCAGCAGUAGUAGUAGCAGUAGGCCGCCCGAGUCCUGGGAUUCGCGUGGCGACGUAUCCGAAGAGGAACGCCGCAAGCUGCUUGAAGCAGCUGCAGAAGAACACCGAAGGGAGAUGAAGCGGAAACAAGAAGAAUAUCUCAAAACUCGAUUCCCCAAGAUGAAUGGGCAAAGCCCUGAUCUGAACUCAGCGACCAGCGACAGCAUUAGUUACCGAAGCCAGCGGGUCAUUGACUUUGACGAACCACGCGCUUCGCCUUACGAGGAUCUGAAGAAACCCUUCGAUGAUCAACAGCGCAAGAGCAAGCAGCUCGUACCCUUGAGAGAGCCGCCGCCUGUACCGGCUGACACCAGUACACUUUUGAAAGCUAACUCGUUGACAAAGAACAAGAAAGGUAUCCGGCCCUCGCAACAAGUACUGCAGGAGAACGGUUUCGGCGCCAGAACCGGUUCCGGUAGAAAUAGUCCAGGUGGGUCGCCCCGCAGCCCUGGUGAAUAUACCAUGAGCAAAGGCAACAUACCAUUCAGAAUUCCUGACUAUGAAGAAGCUUUCAGUAACGAUUCCCCGACCGAGCGGCCAGACCUUAGCAUUUUGGUGCCGGAUUUUGCAGGCCCCAACCAAAGGGAUGAUCGAUCUCGGUCGCCAGGCCGAAGCCCUCACACCGCACAACCCACUGAACCUAGCCUUACCAGGGAGCCAUCUAGGGCAUCAGUAUAUGGCCCAACCCAUGACUUUGAGGAAGCCCGAGUCUCUUUUAUCACAAAGUCGCCCAACCUUGAUCCAAUGGAUGCGGACGACGAUGAUUCUGAUGAUGGACUAUUCCAGGCGCCACUCGCCGGACGAGCUGGUCCUCCUCCACCUGAAAAAGACAUACCCGUUACUAGAAUUAACUCUCGUAGCCGGAGACCGAACCUCCGGCUCAAAACGCAAAGAUCAAAGAACUCACUAGCCCAGGUGACUGAAAAAUCCGCAGAACCAAGCGCAAUGGGCGAUCACGAAUCUCAGGCCAGCGAUUGGCAUCCUGAGUCGGCUGCAUCAACAACAUGGACCGACUCGCCAGACGACACGAACAAGUUUUCGCGCCGUGAAUCAUUCGCCAGUGAUGUUUGGGCUAACCGCCCACCGGCUGAAACCCUCGUGGACCAUCUCGACGAGCUCUUUCCUAACGUCAAUCUCGAUCAGCCUAUGCUUGAGGAGGCCGAGACAGAUGGAUCUACAGAGUUCAUACCAGAGAACAAGCCUUUGCCAGCCGACCCCACUCCUGCGAAUCCAACUCUCCAUCGGGGUGGUGCUGGACUACAGUCGAUUGCACAGCGCAACAUGCGCAAGUCAGGUGCUGGCUUGGGACGCACGAAGUCUAUUCGUGAAGUCGUCAAGUCGCAGUAUCAGCCACUAGAGAACAGACAUUUGCCAGGCCAUGUACCCGCCGGACUAGGGCCAUCACGCGUUGCUACGUUACGCAAUGGUGGUGACAUAAUCAGGAGAAAAUCGACCAAGAUGUUCAACGCCAGAACGGAACAAGUUCGACCACAGCGCGGAUCACGUCUUGUUAUGGAGACGAUACCCCAAGAUCAUCUAUCCAGCAUGCCGUCGCGCCAGCCAACGUUCAAGUGGAUGAAAGGACAGCUGAUUGGCAAGGGCACGUUUGGUCGUGUAUACCUGGGUAUGAACAUCACGACUGGUGAACUGAUUGCUGUCAAGCAAGUCGAAGUCAAUGCCAAAGCGGCCGGCUCGGACAAGGACAAGAUUAAGGAACUGGUCAAGAGUCUGGAUCAGGAGAUUGAUACUAUGCAGCAUUUGGAUCAUCCCAACAUCGUGCAGUAUCUUGGUUGCGAACGCAAGGAAUACAGCAUUUCCAUUUUCCUCGAGUACAUUUCUGGUGGCUCGGUAGGAUCGUGCAUCCGCAAGCACGGCAAGUUUGAAGAAAGCGUUGUUUCAUCUCUUACCCGACAAACAUUACUGGGUCUCUCGUACCUACAUCGUGAAGGUAUCCUGCACCGCGACCUCAAAGCCGACAACAUUCUCCUCGAUCUCGACGGCACGUGCAAAAUCUCCGACUUUGGCAUCUCCAAGAAGACCGACAACAUUUACGGCAACGACGUGACAAACAGCAUGCAAGGCUCUGUCUUCUGGAUGGCGCCCGAAGUCAUCCGCUCCCAGGGCCAGGGCUACUCGGCCAAAGUCGACAUCUGGUCCCUCGGCUGCGUCGUGCUCGAAAUGUUUGCGGGUAAACGCCCUUGGUCCAAGGAAGAAGCUAUCGGCGCCAUUUACAAACUCGGUAGCCUCAACCAGGCCCCGCCCAUCCCUGAAGAUGUCAGCCGCGUGAUUGGCGUCGAGGGCUUGAGUUUCAUGUACGAUUGCUUUACUAUUGAUCCCAUGGAACGCCCUACGGCUGAGACGUUGUUGCGGGCGCCAUUUUGUUUUUCGGAUCCGAAUUAUAAUUUCUUGGAUACAGAGCUGUAUGCGAAGAUUAGGGGGGCUUUUCAGUAG